CGGCCCAGUGCAUAUCAGAACGCUGCAGAAGUUGGAUUUAAAUCACGCUUUAAAUUUAUUUUGUAUUCGAAAAAUGAGUGUUUUUCCUGGAAUACAGUUAUGUUUAUUUUGUGUGCUUGUUUUCGCCACAAGCACUAAAGGAGAUCUGUGUACAACGCCAAACGGUGAGGACGGCGAGUGUAAACAUAUUACAACUUGCAAAUCUUUAAUGGCCAUCGUUAAAAAGCAACAUCCAGAAGACUUGGACCAUUUUAUAUUAAAAUCUCAUGCUGAGGUCUGCACUUACACCAACCAACCAUAUAGCGCGUGCUGUCCUAUAUCUGAAAGGUCAGUGCCAGAGACUACAACCACGACGACACUCGUUCCGCCAAUCGAGGAAAGUUGUAUUGUCGGUCACUGUGUUAAGAUACAAAAUUGUAGUAUCCUAUAUAACAUCGCUAUGAACACCGAUAUAACACAAGAAGAUAUAAGAUAUUUAAAAGAUAAGCAAUGCAAAAGUAGCGAUAAUUCCGUUAGUGUGUGUUGCCCGGAUGAUGAUAAUGAUGAGGUGACAAUAAUUUCUGAUGAAGCCGGUCAGGUGUGCAAAACACCAAGUGGUGUGCCUGGUAUUUGUUUGGAUGCAGCCGAUUGCUUGGCCAUAGCAAUACUUAUUAGAAAAGAUCAAUCAACACAAGAAGAAAUGGAGUUUUUGUAUAAGAGCAGAUGUGAUAGUUCAGAGAGAUAUUGUUGUCCAACGGUGGUUUCUCCCGUACCAGAAGCGGAAACUCCCACAACAACAGCCGCUCCUAUAGUAGAAAAAUGUAAAGCACCUAACGGUGCUAAUGGCACUUGUAUUUCCGUUAUACAUUGCGAAUCGCUGAUGCGGGUUCUACAGAAACCUGACUUUUUUGAAAAUGAUGCUAAAUAUUUGAAUGCUAGCUUCUGCGGUGAUGGCGCUAAGUUUCCAAAAGUUUGCUGCCCAGAAGCGCUGGUGGCGGAAGAAUUGAGUUUACCGCUGCCGCCAUAUUGCGGCGUAGUUUUCCCAGCUGAAAAUUAUUUCGACGCCGGUUCAAUUACCAGCAGCGCGGAAUAUCCCUGGACAGCGUUGCUCCUAUACACAAAAAUAGGAAAAACUCGUCCCUACUGCGGCGGCACGCUUAUACACGAGCGCUACGUGCUCACCGCGGCGCAUUGUCUGUAUGAGAAUGAGCCAGAGUGGACCUUAACCGGCGUACGUUUGGGUGUGUGGGCUACAACAUUGCUGCAGGAUUGUAAAAAUCAGGCGUUGGCGGAUCAAAUGGAUUGUGAGUCAAUCUCAAUCGAUUUGGCUGUGAGCAAAGUAAUCAAACAUCCCGAAUAUGAAUCGCUGUAUAACGAUCUCGCGUUGCUGCACUUGACCGAGUCGGUACAUACCACACGUUACAUAGCACCGAUUUGCUUACCCUUCGAAACUGAACACGUAUCGGCUAGUCUUAACGACGACAAGAUACUGCAAAUAUCCGGAUGGGGGGCGCACUUGUUCGAGGAAGUAGCAGAAUUCAAAAUGAAAUCCAUUGUUCAUAUAUCCAGUUUGGAGCAAUUUCAGGAUCGUUUUUUGACUGAAGCCGGCAUUAAUUUGACAGCAAAACACGUUUGUGUGAAAGAUAAAGGUGUACAUAACAACAAAAUUUUAGAUUCUGGCGGUGCGCUGAUGUCGCUAGCGAACAUUGGAAAAAUGCAGUCCUAUUUUUUGCUGGGUGUCGAAGCUAUAAGCUAUGAAAUUCCGCCAGAACUGGGAUUUCCUUUUAUUUUUACGCGCAUUAGUCCUUAUUUGGAUUGGAUAAAGAGGGAAAUUCGCGAAAAUUAAUUAAUAAGGGAAGUAGGUUAAAAUAAAAAAAAUCAAUAACAAUUUGCGCCGAUUAUUAUGGCUUAAAAAAUAUAAAACUAAAUAAUUGACAUAAUAAAUAAUGUAUGUAUGUCUAUGUCACUACUUAUAACUAGUCAGACUUAAAUUAAAAAAAAAUAAAAAAUAAAUAAAGAGGUUUGAAACAAGUUA